CUUCAAGUGAAUUCUCUACAACACAAAUGGAAAAUGGUAAUGUUAUAAAAAAUGAAGGCUAUUUCUUUCGUAAAGUUAAAAUAGAACCUAUGCAUUGUGAUUAUCAGGAUGGCAUUCUACACGACUCGGUGCCUGCAAGCUGUGUAUCUUCCUUUGUACACAAAGAUGUCAUGUAUGAUUGUAAAGUGGACAAACCAGAAUCUGCAUCUCAUCUGUUGAAAGACCAGAAACCCGUUUGUGGUGAAAAUGGUGUCUUUAUGUCCACACAUUUGGAUGACACCUUGCCAGUUCCAGGGAAAAAUCUGGAACUCAAGAAUGACAUCUUAUUUGUAGGGGAAAGUGAACAUGCGUUUCAAGGCCAGUUGACGGAGGCUGAGACAAAGGAAGACGGUG